AUGUUUAGAGGAUACUCCCGAACCUUGGGCAGGGCACUCCGAUGUCAGGCACCAUUGGCCCGACGCAACAUACAGCUUUCUCCUUCGCAACUAGCUUCGGUGAAAGGAUGGGGUACCAUUAUUAACAUCGCAGCAGGUGCAUACAUCGGAGGAGCUUUAGUAUGCGUGGGGUCGCUUUAUUUCAUGUAUUCUGAUGCCAAUAGUAGACAAAGCAUACCAUGGGAAUUGUCCAUAGAAGACAAGAAGAAUGCGGUAAAGGCCAUUAACAAAGAUGAUGUUUUGGAUUCUCCUAAGUACGCUGUUAAACACUACCGUAGGCUUUUGAUUGAUCUUGCUAAACAUGAAGACCCCAAGUUACAAUGGGAUGAAGAAUCGGAGGGCUUUAAUGUUCCUGUGAUACUGCUGGAGGUUUUAAAUAGCAAAAAAUCAGAAGUCUUUGCCAAUUUCUACAUUGACAUCUUACUUCGUUACUGUAAGGCACUUUUAGCUAAAGGUCAGUUGGAUAGUUCGGUAGCCACCUUGAAGAAAGUCAUUGAUGAUGAUGGGAUCUUCUUCAAUGUGGGAGAUACCGAACGGUUGAGUCAAUGCUGUCGAUUGCUCAGUAGAGUAACACAGUCCAAAGAAGAACAAGUGAAAUAUUUGAAGCGACUGAUUCAAAUGUUGUGUACAGUCUUCCCAUCCAUAAAGAUAUCACCCGAGUACAUUCUACAAGAAGACUCAAGACUUACAGAUGAGCUAGUUAGUUGCUUAAAUACUUUGGCAUUCACUUAUGCUCAGCAAAGCAAGAGUGAGCCCAAGUCAUCCAGUAGAUGGAGCAGGAAAUCAUCUAAGAGAGAAGAGUUACUCAAUGAGUCUCUUAAGCUCUAUUUAGCUAACCUUAAAGUGCUUACGCAUAUGAAGAAUUCAGUCAACAAAGAUCCCUAUCUUCAGGUUAAGAACCCGCUUUUCAACUGUUCCUUAGAAAACAUCGAUAUACUCAUAGCGGAGGUCAAGGCUCACAUCAGUGAGGUUUUGUGGGGAUUAGGCUAUAAGAAGAAUGCUACGGGGUGGGCAGAAGAAGUAGUGGAACAAACAUAUUCCUACCAGGGUAACCAAACUAAAGCCGCAUAUAUACUUCAGAGUCAGCUUCAAGACUUGAUCACAAUGUACGAUCGAUUAGGAGAACAGAAAAGCCAGAGACGGUGUCAGAAGUUGCUUGAUGAAGUAGAGAUCUUUGAUAGAAAUGAAGACUCUUGGUACGAUAGCGUGAUCAAGAGAUUCAGUAAGAUUAUCUACCACAAAGGGCCGUUAGGAAUCAUUGAGAAAUCGUUAAGUGAGAGGUUUGGAAAUCCCCAAAGAGUAUUGGAGAUUGAAGAGAUUGAAGAUGAAGAUAUUGAGUAA